UAGACCGUUCGGUUGUUCAAGAUGGCGGGCCAAAUGGUCUUUACUCCUCUCUUAUAAUCAAUAAUUCCUAUGGAUUCCAAGAAGCUCAAGAGCUACUAAAUUCCGCCACAAGGCUGAAGUGAUUUUCAGCCGACCAGCCGUCGACAUGAGCGGCGAUAAGAAUGAAAAUAAACGUAAAAGCAAGGGUUUGACGUGGGCAGAGGCCUCGAAGAUCGUCUUAGAGAGAGCCGGCUGUCCUAUGACCCACAAGGAAAUCUUGCAAGUCAUUCAGGAUGAGAAGCUUCGAGACGUAAGCCGUGGUACCUCUUCUCUUGCCUGCUUAAAUGCCAUGCUUCAUCAUCAUUCUCGAGGUUCUGAUGCAGUGUUUUAUAAAGUAGAAGGCCGCAUGAGCUGUUAUGGAAUAAAGAAAAGCAAAAGUGAAAGCACAAUUCCUGUUAUGAAUAACUGCAAAGAUAAUGAUCCAUCUUCCCCGAGUGUAAGCACAGUAUCAAGCCAACAGCCUGUAUUCUCAUACUCUGAGCCUCCAUUGCCUUUAGAUUCUCCUUCCAUUAUUUCUGCCUCUACAAACAAUCCAGAACCAUCCCCAAUUCCCCAAGAAAGUCCUGAUCCUGCUGUAGUUGUGGAAGUACCAGAUAUCCAGAGAGAAGAGACUCUCUCCUGUGGUUCCCCCACAGAAAAGGACAACACAGCUUUCCUGCCAAAAUCUGCUGCAACGUUUCUAUCCCCUCCACCAAAGCGACCAAGACCCUUGUCAAAAAGCAGCAAAAAUAACCGUAAGAGGAUUCCUGACCCAAGAGUCCGCGUCAGCCAGCCUCCCCCAAAGAAGUCAAAGCCAAAUAGUACAAGACCGAGACCAGUGGCUAAAAAUGUCUUGAAGAACCUGAAGGUUGGGACAGUAGGAGAGAUGAGUGAAGGCCAGAGUUCAGGGGAAAAUAAGAUGAAGAAGCUUUCAAGCUCCAUUAGUUCAGCUAGUUCAGUGGAUGGUUCAGUCAAUGGUGACGGUCACACUACACCACAGAUUGCUGCGGCAAGAAAUAUGGUCAAAUUCUCAGGUCUACACACUAAAAAGCAAAGGCGAUACAAGAAAAUGAGUGUUGCUGACCAGAUCAAGAGGACCAAAGAGGGUAGAGUGGACCUUCAAUCUCCAGAAUCCAUAUUAGCGAGCGUUCCUCUAAGGAGCCUUUUAAAUAAUCGCACCUUCCACCUCUUGCCACCUGCAUAUCAAUAUCAACUACUCAUGCUGUUGCCAAAAGUUGAUCGGGUUGUUGGCCCAGAUGGUGGACUCAGGCCAUCUUCUACUGCAUUUACCAAUGAAUUCUUUACAAGUACUUGUCAUUUAUGGAGAGAUCGCCUCAAAGAUGGGGAAUUUACUCCAGAAAUGCAACAAAAACUUAGGACAGAAGAAGAGAAAUUAACCAAAAUAGAUCCAUGGAAGGCCAAAUUUUUUGAACCUGUUUGGGGACAAAAAUCUUUAUCCAGGCUGGACAACGAUAUGCUUCCACUAUUUCCUGGACUUACACCUGAAUCAGAUAAUCCAUUGAAUGUUCUACAGUGUUGGCAACCUCCAAGUCUGGUAGACCGAAGCCUCACAAAUACUGGACUAAUGCAAGCAGAUAAUGUCACUGUAACAUCAAAGACUGAGCAGCUAAAUAAUGCAUUUGUGCCUCAGCUUACAGUUCCUGUAAAAAAGCUUGAAGCUAGUGUGUUAACUAAAGCAAGUAAAACAAAACACAAGCAAAUGUGUGUAGGUCCACUAAAGAGAUCAGAAGCCGCAAAGUCAUUGACCAGUAAAGCAAAAGCCAAGAUCAGUGCUGUGAGCAUUAUCUUGUCGGCAUCUGAAGCUUCCAAUGCACUCUCUGCCAUUAGGAAUUUCGAACCGCCAGACAUGUUACCAGCAUCAAAACUAUUAACUCGCAAGAAAAUUAUUAAAAUUCCUAUCGCAGAGCCGUCUUCUACGACCAAAGCAAAACCAAAGAACACUUCUAGUACACCUAUAGUGAAACGAACUGAAGAUAUCAAUCCAGAUUUUACACUCAAUUCUUUAAGUGUCAAUCCGCCAACCCAAGUUAAUAGCAACGCAUCUAUCAAUUUUCCAAAGGAACCAAUUUUCAAGUCCAGUAAUGAUACUGUCAGCCGUCCGCUGUCAAGUUUAUUGCCAUCCAAUGCAAAUACCAUUACUAGUAGUUUGAAUUCAUUGAUGCCGAAGAACUGCAGAUGUAGAAUGAAAGCGAUGAAAGUAUGUCGUAUGUGCGGAGCCUUCUGUCAUGAUGACUGUAUAACUAACACACAGCUUUGUGCCACUUGCGUUAAUUAGUAACCUUCUGACAUCUAAUUUAUGUUUCAUGCCCUUAUCAGCCUCUGUUUAGUGCUCAUCUGUCUAAUUUAAAAACCUACUAAAAACCUUAUCAUUAUCUUAAGUAGUCUUGUUAGGUCGUUGGCAUGAUGGUGUCAUUACUAGCACUACCAGAAUUCUUCUGAAAAAUUACUUCUUAAACUUUAAUAUAUUUAUUUAUGAGAAUUUUCAGAGACAGAUACUGUAGUGGUUAUCAACUAAACAAAAGAUYGUGUGAGACAGAUUGUGAUAGUGGUAGUGUGUCAUCUUAUAUGCAAAUGGCCUAUAAUAAUUAUUAGUCCCCAAACCUGUGUAGUCUGAGAACAUAGACUUAACUUCUCGACAGGAAUGGGAUCUGCUAAAUGUAUUAUUUUGCAAAGCAAAUUUGAGCACAGCUCAGGAAAACAUACAUUCUUAGGGUCAUUGCAUGACAACUUGAUGACCCUUAGAAUGUCUGGGUAGUAAGUUAAGCGAAACAUUACAUUAGAGAAUUAUUAUGUACAUGGAAAUAUGUACAUGUAUUGAUGAAUUGCUAAAAAUGUGUAAUACCUUUUGUACUGACAUGUGAAAGCAUAGAACUUGUCUCAACAUUCCUUAUAUCACGACCUUCAUUUCUUAAACUUAGAUAAAUUGUGAUUUUGAGUUUGAUUUAGCUGAGGCAAAUGGAUGGUGAAAAUGAGUGUCUUGUAGACAUGCCAUCAGUACUGUUCUGCACCCCUCAAUAGACCCAUUUACCUUCGUAUGCAAAUUGCCAAUUUCAGAUCACAUGACAAUCCCUCGAGAGUUGUUCUUUUAUGACGAACUUGUUAAAAUAUUUACACAUGAAAGAAGCAACUCCCAAGGUGGCAUCACAUGGUCUGAAAUGUCAAAACAAACAAUGAAGCUAAAAAGGUCUAAUGAUGUACAGGAUAGUUGAACCAACAUCCUAACUGAAGCUGAGAAGUGAAGGGGCAUGAUAAAGGAAUGUUAGAGUAACUGCUAUUGUUGUCAAUAAGAGAAAUUAGAAAUAGUGAAGAUAAUAUUAUUUGUGGGUAAAUUUUUUCAAGUCCUGGUAAGGACAACACCUGAGAGGAUUUGCAAGAAAGAGAACCUGGUGUGAUUUAGAGAAUAAGAUAAUCAUCUUUGCUAAAUCUAUGGUCUGUACAGUAAAACCCCUCUAUACCGGACAGUGCUGGGACUGAUAAAAAUUUCCGGUUUAGCGGGGGUUCCGGUAUACUGAGGUUUUUGCAAAUUACUUUUGUUUUCCAUUUGAAUAGGUGUGAUAUCACACCUAAUCGCUUGGCGUCAGUAUAAACAAACAUGCAAACAAUGAUUUUGUGAGUUUAGAAGUUGUCCCUGUAGACUCAAUUUAUACACCCGCAAAUAUGCUUGUGACGGUAGUUGCGAUACAARGGUAUGUUUUUCCGGACUAGCGGGGUUGAAUUCUAUUGUCAAAUAGCGUUUGGUACCGAAAUUAUUGUCCGGUUUCCGGAAUAGAGAGGUUCUGGUUUACUGAGGUUUAUUUUACGAAAGAUAUAUGGGAAAAAUUUCCGGACCAAAACUUGUCCGGUUUAGAGAGAAUUCUGGUAUACUGAGGGUCCGGUAUAGAGGGGUUUCACUGUAACAUCCCUGAUUAUUUAGUUCUUAAAAACAUCUGAAAUGUCAAAUUUGAGAUAUGAAAUGUAAUGUGAAAUGUGCCCCUCCCACUUACCACCGAUAGAAAUUUUUGUCUCGUGUUAAAGUAUGGAUAAUUUUUGAACUACAUUCUAAUGUAAACAUAAUCUUCCUGAGUUUAGGUUUAUGACUACAAAAUCCAGUUGCCCCACAGAACACUGUGGGCUUUGCUUGUUAGAAUAGGAGAGUAGAAAUUGAUAUAGAAUCCAUUUAUUAAAAAUGUAAAUAUUUCCUGAAUUACUAGUAAAAUCAGAGAAAAUAAACAAGGAAACUUA